AUGUACGGUCAGGACUGGUUUGGACAAAACAAAAAGAAUCAGCAGUUCGGAACAUUUCCGAGAUCGGUGGUGUUCGCACAAACAAACCACGCGGUCGCGGCGGCAUCCGCUGUUACUCCACAAAAGGUUCCGACAGCUCCAACGAUCAGAAUGAGACCAGAACCAGUGAUUCAAGCGCCUCCACCUCUUCCAUUCGCGUCUAAACCUCUGAAUAAUAACACAAAAACGUCAUACAACGAUCGGACGUCGAGAAUUUCCAUGCCGGUUGCUGCUGCUCCAACCAAUCCUGCCAUGUCCAAGAUUCGAACUCUAUCGCUUGAUCUACCGGAAUACGAUGAUUUCGACCGUGCGUUUGAUGAUGGAUUCUCCCCUUCGAAGAUUGAAAUGCCACGUGGCUUUGCUUGGGGAAACGACAUCAUCAUCAGCAACGGGAACAGAUCAGAGGAAACGAUUUUGAUCAAGGCACCAGAACGUCGCGAUCCAACAUUCGACAUUCGAGGAAACGUGCUGAAGCCAAUCCCAAUUGAGAAGGUCCAACCUCCAACCUCAUCCAGGCCAAUUCUGGUGGCUCCAACGGCUAGUGGAGUAAUCUCAAUGCCCUUGCCCGAAAAAUUCGGAACUUCUCAGCCACACCGAUCAACCGCUUAUGUUGAUAAGCCGGAUACGUCUCGUAAUGAGCCACCUCGUCAUAACAACUCGGCCGGAUCUAGACUUGAGAAUAUGGGUCAACCAUCAUUUCUGAAUCAGCAAAAGCAGAACAUCCCGAACAACUUGAUCCCGGAGCUCCAGUCACGCUUGAAUGGAGGGAGUGAUAACAUGAUGCGACCAAGACCAGCAUCUUCUAUCGGGAUUCUGAAUAAUGGAAUGGAGAAUGCUUACAACCCCCAAAUCAACCGUCCAUUCUCUGUUGUCAACGUUCCAUCCAUGCCACAGCAACCAGCGCAAAUUCCAUGUCUGGUACCAACACCUGCACCUCAUCAACCAAGAAAAUCUACCAACCAGGAGCAGAACCCACUGCAGAAGGCGUUGGCUGAUGAGCUAAAAGGAAUUUUGAGUCGACGACCGACGAGCGGCGGGAACGCAUCGAAUGGACUACCGAGAGCAACACAAAAUGGAGCAGGGAUGCCGUUGAGUCAACCAGCCCUUCAGCCACAGAAGGUACAGCAACCAGUGAUUUCCCAGCAGCCAGUGGUUCAGAAGCCAAUUCAGCAACAGCCUGGGCAAGCAAGACCUGCGUCAGUUCAACCACAACAGGUCAAGCUCCCACCUCCAGCUGCGACCACUGCUACAGCAACGACGACAACAACUUCCCGUCCACUGGCACCUCCAGCAACAGAGAGUCGGAAGGUCUCUGCGCCUGCUCCGAUUGCUCCAACAACCACCUCAGCCACUACAUCAGCUUCAUCUCUGGUUACGAGACGAUCAACUCAGACCAUCACCAUGUCUGAAGAAGAACGUCGAUCCAGAAUAAUCCAGGACGUUGCGUCAGCUCUUCCGGCUCCCAGUGCUCUCCUCUUGGGAUCGAAUUCCACUUCAGCUAUUCCAUCCACUACAACACAAUCGGCUGUAAAGGAUCGACCAGUAGCCGCUCAAGUGAAGCCAUCUCAACCUCAACCGACAAUGCCUUUUGAAAAAAUUGAAGCUUGA